AUGGAAGAAGCUGAGGAGAUGCGUCUCUAUCAGCAAACGCUUCUCCAAGAUGGGCUGAAGGACAUGUUGGACCAUCAGAAGUUCCUUGACUGUGUCUUGAAAGUGAAAGGGAAGGAAUUCCCCUGCCACCGAUUGGUCUUGGCAGCCUGCAGCCCUUACUUCAGGGCCAUGUUUCUCUCCGACCUAGAGGAAAACCAGAAGAAGGAAGUCAACUUGGAAGAUGUGGAUCCAGAGGUCAUGAGUAAGAUCCUCCAUUACAUCUACACCUCGGAGCUGGAGCUCACCGAGCAGAACGUUCAGGAUAUCUUCUCGGUCGCUAACAUGUUCCAGAUCCCUUCUAUUUUCACCGUCUGCGUCUCGUUCCUUCAAAAGAGGCUGGGCCUCAGCAACUGCCUAGCCAUCUUUAAACUGGGAUUAAUGCUGGAUUGCGCCCGCUUGGCGGUAGCUGCCCGGGAUUUCAUCUGUGACCGGUUCUCACUGGUCUCCCGCGAUGAGGAGUUUUGCCAGCUCUCUCCUGACGAGCUGAUCGCCAUCAUUUCCAGCGAUUCCCUCAACGUCGAGAAGGAAGAGUUGGUCUUUGAGGUGGUCAUGAAAUGGGCCACAGCCAAGGACCGGGACAGCCGUGUCAAGGCGCUUCCGGUGGUCUUUGAAAGCAUCCGCUUCCGUUUGCUGGACAAGGUUUAUUUUAAGGACAAGGUGGAGAAGAACGCUGUGAUCAAGUGCAACCCGGACCUUCUCAAGAAGAUCCAGAUGGUGAAGGACGCUCAUGAGGGGAAGCUUACAACGGUGAAGCAGAAGAAAGAGAAGAAACCCGAGGACCAAGUGGUCAAUGGAGAAUUGGACAAAGAAGAGACUGAGGAAGAAGAGGAGACUUUGCCAGGGAUAUUGAAUGAUACGAUGCGUUUUGGGAUGUUCCUUCAAGAUCUUAUCUUCAUGGUUAGUGACUCAGGAGCUGUGGCUUAUGAUCCAGCGGCCAACGAAUGUUAUUUUGCUUCCCUUUCUGCUCAGAUUCCAAAGAACCACGUUAGUCUGGUCACGCGAGAAAAUCAGAUUUUUAUAGCCGGUGGACUUUACUACAAUGAAGACGACAAAGAGGAUCCGAUGAAUUCUUAUUUCUUGCAGGUAUUAAGUCUCUCUUCACUUUGGCGUGGGUCUGGGGGUCCCGCUCACAGUUUGGGGGUCUCCUAA